AUGAAAGUCUCUCAUCUGUCCAUCAUCGCUAAUCAUGAGCCAUGCAGUAAGGAAAAGCUUCACGUCAACGUCGUGGUCAUCGGCCACGUCGACUCCGGAAAGUCCACCACCACCGGUCACUUGAUCUACAAGUGCGGUGGCAUCGACAAGCGUACCAUCGAGAAGUUCGAGAAGGAAGCCGCUGAAAUGGGCAAGGGCUCUUUCAAGUACGCCUGGGUCUUGGACAAGCUCAAGGCCGAGCGUGAGCGCGGUAUCACCAUUGAUAUCGCCCUCUGGAAGUUUGAAACUCCAAAGAGCGUACUCCCCUUUCUUGACGCCCCUGGUCACCGUGAUUUCAUCAAGAACAUGAUCACUGGUACUUCCCAGGCUGACUGCGCCAUUCUCAUCAUUGCCGCCGGUACUGGUGAGUUCGAGGCUGGUAUCUCAAAGGAUGGCCAGACUCGUGAGCACGCCCUCCUCGCAUACACCCUUGGUGUCCGACAAGUCAUUGUCGCCAUCAACAAGAUGGACACCACCAAGUGGUCUGAGGACCGUUACCAGGAGAUCAUCAAGGAGACCUCCAACUUCAUCAAGAAGGUCGGCUUCAACCCCAAGCACAUUCCUUUCGUCCCGAUCUCCGGUUUCAACGGUGACAACAUGAUCGAGCCCUCCACCAACUGCCCCUGGUACAAGGGAUGGGAGAAGGAGACCAAGGCCAAGGUCACCGGAAAGACCCUCCUCGAGGCUAUCGACGCCAUCGACCCUCCGUCCCGUCCUUCCGACAAGCCUCUCCGUCUUCCUCUCCAGGAUGUCUACAAGAUUGGUGGUAUUGGAACGGUCCCUGUCGGUCGUGUCGAGACUGGUGUUGUCAAGCCCGGUAUGGUCGUCACCUUCGCCCCGGCCGGUGUCACCACUGAAGUCAAGUCCGUCGAGAUGCACCACGAGCAGCUUGUUCAGGGUGAGCCCGGUGACAACGUCGGCUUCAACGUCAAGAACGUUUCCGUCAAGGAAAUCCGUCGUGGUAACGUCGCUGGUGACAGCAAGAACGACCCUCCCAUGGGUUGCGCCGACUUCACCGCCCAGGUUAUCGUCAUGAACCACCCUGGUCAGAUCGGUGCCGGUUACGCGCCAGUCCUCGACUGCCACACCGCCCACAUUGCUUGCAAGUUCGCCGAGCUCCUCGAGAAGAUCGACCGUCGUUCCGGCAAGUCCAUCGAAGCCAACCCCAAGACCGUCAAGUCCGGUGACGCUGCCAUCGUCAAGAUGAUUCCGUCCAAGCCCAUGUGUGUUGAGGCUUACACCGAGUACCCUCCUCUUGGUCGUUUCGCCGUCCGUGACAUGCGUCAGACCGUCGCUGUCGGUGUCAUCAAGAAGGUCAACAAGCAGGCUGCUGGUGCCGGAAAGGUCACCAAGGUAAGCAUAUCGUCACAGUUGAUUGCCAUUUACGUUAUACUAACUCAUCUCACAGUCCGCUGCCAAGGCCGGUAA